GAAAGCAGGCGAAAGGUCGCGGUGGUGGCCUCGGCCUUGUGUGCGAGCGUGAGGAGCGAGUUGUUCAGAGAUGGGGAAGCGUCCGAAAGGGAAAGAUGUUGGCUGGAGAGAUUCGGACCACAAGAAGGAGCAGCGGGAGAGAUCCGGGAAGAGGAGCAGGAGGACGGGUGAACCGAAGAAAAGCGACAUGAAGCCCAAAAAUAUUGAUGAACAGGAAAUUCCAUACAAAGUCCGUGAGAUAAUGAGGUCUCAGCAGAAAAUGAUGAAGCAGCUGAAUAAAAAGAAGAAAAAGACUGAAAAACCAGAAAGAAAACCUACAUCAAUGGCCAAAAAUCUACAUGAAGACAUACCAGUUCCAAAGUUUAAGAGGCGGAAGCGAGAGUCUGAGAGAGCCUACAUUCAGCGAAUGGAGGAGGAAACACAGCACGUCAUGUUGUUGACCAAAAAUCAAGUGGCCCGUUGUCCUGAGUUGGAGACUGAGAAAGAAGAAAAGGCAAGCACUGUGAAAUCAAAGUCUGAGAAAAAGAAAGAAUUUGACAAGAAACGCCUGGCAAAGUUUAUUAAAAAGAAAGCUGAAAGAAAGGAAAUGAAAUUAGAGAAAGAAAUGUUUACAGAUAUUGUGAGAUUUGGAGAAGUGGCCAUGCAGCCCCCUACCCUCACGGCUAAACCCAGGAAAAGCCAAGCCAAUGAUCAGCCUGGCCAGAGACAGUUACUUCUGAAGUCUCUGAUUCAGCAAAGCAAGUGUACUCCAGGAUGGAAAAUAGAAGGAACCCAAUACAGUAAACUGCCAACCAUUUCAAUGGCUCGUCAGAGGAUGAUGUUGGAGGAGAGGGAGAGGAUCAUUAAAGCCUACAGAACACUGAAGAAGCAGAAACAACAAACUCUGUCCCAGAGUAAAGAUGGCAUGGAGAAGCUGAAAAACCCAAAAUAGCCAUAGUCUGCGACAAGUGCUAUUUGAUGCACUAGAUCCUGAUGCCUGCUGGAACUGAUGAGGACUGAAUGUUCCUGAUUGCUACGCAGUAACUGACCUUUUCUUUGAACCUAUUUGAGUUAACAUUUACAAUACAAUAAAAGGUCAAGAUUAUGGUCAAUUUACUAGUAAAUAGAUCCAUUUUUGGAACCAAAUGUUUAUACCUGGAAUUCUACAGAUGCCUGCCUGCUCUAGGUAAUGAUGGAAAUCACAAACUGCAUUCAGUAGUGAGGAUGCCAGGACGUUUUAAAUAAUGACUGUCCAAAUGCGCUGAUAUACUUGAUGUGUCCUUGAGUUGACUGCUGUGAAAUGUUUCUGAAUUAUCUUCCUGUGCCAUUGUUUCUUGUUUAUUGAAUCUGAACUUUUUAGUCUGAUAAAGGCUGAGCAUUUAAAGAGAUCAGGUCAUUGCUGGCAAUCUUUACGGUUAUAGGGUUGGAGAAAAUGUCUUCCUUCUUAUAUUAAAAAGACACCAGUUUUGAAAAAUGUUAAUACUAUUGUGAAGCGAUUGGAAAAUGGUUUUAUUUGCAUAAUCCACCCCAAAUGUACAUGACCUGUGCCAAGCAUGAUCAUGUGCAAUCUAUUCACCUCUUGUACUUCCAUACGGUUCACUACUCUGAUCUGCCUAGCAUGCUUAUUAAUUGAACUCUGUGAAUUAAUGACUUGCAGACUAGUUUGCUUGGCCAUGCACAAUUUGCUUAUCUUCACUAUUUGUGGAAAGAAAUGCAAGUUUUGCACACUUUAAGAAUAGCCAUUGUGAAUGCUCUGUUUAGUGAGUGGGUGCCUACAACAGUUGCUAAUGAAACUUUGUGAAUUGGGAUAAAAUGUUCUUUGAUAAAACCUGCUAGUACUAUCAGAAUAACCCAUUGGUGAUCUUGCAUUCUGCGAGUGCAUAGGAUCUGCUAGGUGAAUGAUUUGUACUUUGUUAAACAGUAAUUACCAAUAAACCUAGUUUUCCAUUA